AUGGAGGGGAGAAAGGUGACGGUGCCCCGCGCUCCGGAGCUGUCCGCCGAGAGCCCCUCUUCGGCGGGCUUCAAGACAUAUUCGGCCGCUGGGUCGGCCGAUAGGAUCUCUCUCGUCUCAGGUCAUUUGUCGCAUCAGUCUUCUUCUUAUAACACAGCUUCUCCUACUCAAGUUCCCUCGUCCAUUCAAGCUCGUCGUCUCUCUACAACCACAGCCACAAUGUCUUCUCAACCUGCACACGCUACUCUGCUCAUUCCCGGGCCCAUUGAGUUCGACGAUGAGGUCCUCAAGUCCAUGGGUCACUACAGUGAGAGCCACGUCGGACCCGGCUUUGUCAACACCUUCGGCGAGACCCUCACCCUGACCCGCAAGCUCUUCCAAUCGACCGACCCCUCCGCUCAACCUUACGUUAUCUCCGGUUCCGGCACCCUGGGAUGGGACAUUGUUGCUGCCAACCUUGUCGAGGCUGGUGAGGACGCCCUGGUUCUUAGCACCGGAUACUUUGGCGAUGGCUUCGCCGACUGCCUCCGCGCCUACGGUGCCAACGUUACCAAGCUCGACGGCGAGGUUGGUGGCCGACCUCAGCUCGCCGAGAUCGAGAAGACCCUUUCCGAGAAGAAGUUCAAGAUCCUCACAGUCACCCACGUCGACACAUCAACCGGUGUCCUGAGCGAGCUCAAGGACCUUACCGCUCUUGUGCACCGUGUCUCCCCCGAGACUCUCGUUAUCGUCGAUGGCGUCUGUAGUGUUGCAUGUGAGGAGAUUGCUUUCGAUGAGUGGGGUCUUGAUGGUGUUGUUACUGCCAGCCAGAAGGCCAUUGGCGUGCCUGCUGGUCUUUCUAUCUCUUUCUUCAGCGGCCGAGCUGUCGCCGCUGCUCUUGAGAAGCGCAAGACUCCUAUUCCCGCCUACUUUGCUUCUCUGAAGAACUGGACUCCCAUCAUGAAGAACUAUGAAGCCAAGAAGCCUUCUUACUUCGCCACUCCCUCUCCUCAGCUCAUCCACGCCCUUCACACUGGCCUAACACAGAUCUUCACUAAGCCCCUGGCCGAGCGAUUCCAGGGCCACAUCGAAGUCUCGAACAAGGUCAAGAAGGCCAUCACCGAUAUGGGCCUCAAGAUUGUUGCUACCAAGCCUGAGGAUCAGGCCCACGCCAUGACUGCUAUUUACUUGCCCGAGGGUGUUGGUGCUCCUGAUGUUCUGCCCAAGCUAGCUGCCAAGGGUGUCGUCUUUGCUGGUGGUAUUCACAAGGCUAUUGCUCCCAAGUACAUCCGAUUCGGCCACAUGGGUGUCAGUGCUCUUGACCCUAGCCGCGACCACAUCGAGAAGGCUCUUAAUGCCCUCAAGGAGAGCUUGGCCGAGGCUGGGUACAAGGCUUGA